GCCCUGCAUCUGCUCCAAGCCAUGAGACAGGCCCUGCGCCAGCUGCCGACUUCGUGACAGCCCAUGUAGUUCAACCAGCGAACCCAACUGUGCCAGUAUCCGUAGCCCUUACUAAAAAGACCAAAAUUAGGCUGUGAAAAUCAGCUCCCUUAGUAAGAAAGGAAAUACGUUCUAACAGGGGGAUAGAAGAAGAGGAUGAGAAUGAAGCCGGGCCAUGACAAGAACAGCAGGAGGAAGAGGCAGAACUCAUAAAGGAGACGAGAACCAUUCGACUCCUGAGCACGAGUGAGCUGAGAGAUAUGUGAAAAGACUUCAGCUGUCAUGCAGGGGAGCACUCUGACACUGGGAGAACGGGGCCACAAGCCUGGACUUAGUGGGCAGCAAAGGCAGGCAUCUGGGAUCCCUUUCACGGGAAGGGGGCAUUGACAAAGCCCUUGGAAAUGAGACACGAGCCCUCAUCUUAUGGAGGUGACUCUCGGUAAGGGCCGAGAGGGAAAGGAGUCCCUUCAAAGAAGAUCUGGUAUGUUACGCAGGCAAGCGGUCCACCGUGGGGAGAGGUGUGCCUGAGGGAACCAGCUCUUCUGGAGGUGAUGCGUAAUAUUGAAAAAAGAGGGGAGAUACAGAUUGGCUGUUGGCAGGCAAUUGUUGACUCUGAGGGUGGGGACGCACUGGAACAGAUUGCCCAGGGCUGCCGCCAUCUUGCUUGGCAGCCUGGGACUCAUUCCGCCCCGGAGGUGGGCGUCACAGUGAUGUCACAGUGGGGACCCGUGAUGUCACAGUGGCGGCGGGGAGCAGCCAUUGUGACCCGCGGAGCUGGGGGCAGAGCAAAGGCUGCCGGGCUCAGAGCGUGCGUCAGUGCAGCCUGGUGAGGUGCAGAGAGAGCAGGGACUCUCCAAGUGCUCACCGUCGAUGCGCAACAUGUCCGAUAGAAAGCGGAAGGCCCCCGACUCCGGGGAGCGAGUGUGCAUGCUGUGUCGCCGGGCGGAUGUCGACCCGAACAUCUGCGGCCGCACCUUUGCCGAGAGUGACCUUUGCGUGCAUGAGUUCUGCUUGCUUUUUGCCAACAUAUUCUUUGAAGAAAGCGACCCCUGGGAGGAAACUCUGGGCCUCCCCAUUGGUACCAUCAGGUGCAGAAUCAAGCAGGCGGACCAGAAGCAAUGCUUUGUCUGUGGCGAGAGAGGAGCCGCCAUCAGCUGUGCAGAGAGAGGCUGUGCACGCAGCUUCCACCUGCCCUGCGCCGUGGAUGGCGAAUGUGUCACCCAGUUCUUUGGGCAGCACAGGUCCUUCUGCUGCGAGCACCGCCCGCGACAGGCAGCGGAGGCAGCUCCAUCCCAAGGCACCGACUGCGUCAUCUGCCUGGAGCCCCUGGAGGACAGCACGUCCUACCAGACCCUGAGGUGCCCAGCGUGCAAGCACACCUGGUUCCACCGCCGCUGCAUCCAGGGGCAGGCCAUGAACGCCGGCACCAUGUGCUUCCAGUGCCCCAUCUGUCAAGACACGGAGCAAUUCCGUGCAGAAAUGUCCACUCUGGGGAUCCAAAUCCCAGUGAGGAGACCAUCUUGGUGGGAUGACAACACCUACCCAUCGCUUCUACAGAGGCACGGGCGCUGCGACGUCAGCAAGUGCCUUUACCCAGGAGGCAGGGAGCAGGAAGAGGUGGAUGGGCCCUGGCAGCUGCUCCUCUGCAGCUCCUGUGCUGCAGAAGGGACCCACCGACGAUGCUCCUACCUGAGCAACAGAGUUAACAGCUGGGAGUGUGACAGCUGUGCUGGCAUGGGCACCGCCUCCAGCAGCAACACGGAGCGCGCCGGACCCAGCACCAACAUGGAGCGCGCCGGCCCCAGUACUUCCAGCCAAGGGGCUCUGGAGCCUCCCCGUGGCUCCCAGGGACCGGAGAACAUCAGCUCCGGCCCCAGCAGCCAGGCAGCAUCGGGCCCCUCACAUAGAUCCCAGCUGCCUGAGAACAGCCACCUGCCCAGUGAGCCCAGGACACGGCAGAGGGCAAUUCGCCCAUGCCUCUCUGAGGAUCAGGAGGCAUCUCUGCGGCGCCGAGGACACCGCGGGAGCGGCCGUACAACAGCCCCGCGCACCAACAGCAGCUCCCGCAGGUCCACCCAACAGAGGGCAUCGCGGCCCUCCAGCGAUUCCCCGGUGGCUGCACCCAGAAGGAGUCCCAGGCACCAGGGGACGGGCCGGGCACGAAGCCGCUCCCCGCUUCAAGAUCGGGCCUCACGUUCCCAGAGCCGGCCCAGAAGAAGCCGUGGCAGCAGACAAACGCCACGCCAAGCUGCACAGAGCAGCACGCUCUGCUCAGCCACCCCAGUGACAUCGAGGCCCUCGAGGGGUUCCCCGCUGCCGGGACACAGAAGACCCUCCAGGCAGCAAGGGAGGGCCCGCACAUGAAGCCCUUCCGCAGCGGGAUGUCAGGCUGCGACUUCCCACACAGACCCGAGCACGCCGCGGCAGCCGGUCCAGACAGCGGCGGCCAGCCUGGGCACAAAGCUGCUCCCAGGUCCAUCUGCAGAACCACAAUCCCCACAGCCAGACCGUCGGUCUGCACAGGAGCAGCCGGGUGCCAAUGACACCUGCUCAACUUGGUCAACAUCAGCCAAGACAACAAAUCCCACGCUCAUUUACAUCAGCUUGCUCAACUUGGUCAACAUCAGCCAAGACAAUAAAUCCCACACUCAUCCACAUCAGCUGCAUUCUUCUCGUCUUUUCCUGGGGUGGGCAGAGUUCAGACCUCGACUGCAGGGUUGUCUUCUCCCCAGCAGAAUGGCUUAGGUUGGAGGGGCCCUUAAAUAUCGUCCAGUUCUAAUCCCCUUGCCGUGAGCAUGUUCGUGCACCACCAGAUCAGGGUGCCCAGGAUCCCAUCCAACCUGGCCUCAAAUGACUCCAGCAAUGGGGCAUCCAGAACCCCUCAGGGCGGAACCUCGCUCUUCCAAUGCCUCGCCACUCACUGACCAAACAGUUUCUUUCUAACACCUCAUCUCUCUCUAUCCUCUUUUAGUUUAAUGCCAUUCCCCCUUGUCCUAUCACUAUCAGACCGCAUGAAAAACUCAGUCCUCCUCCAGCUUGGCAGGAGCCUUAAAAGUACCAGAAGGCUGCAACGAGGUCUCCCCAAAGCCUUCUGUUUUGAAAGCUAAAUGAACCCAAUUCCCUCAACCUGCCUUCUUAGGUGAGGUGCUCCAGUCCUUGUCUCAUCUUCGUGGCCCUCCUCUGGACCCCCUCCCACCGCUCCACAUCCCUCCUGUGCUUGGCACCCCAGGCUUGGGCGCAGUACUCCAGAUGGGGCCUCGCAAGGGCACAGUAGAGAGGGACAAUCACCGCCCUGCCCUGCUGGACACCUUUCUCAGGCCUUCCGGGCUGCAGGCACGCA